AUGGCAGCCACAGCUCCUGUACGCCUGCUCGUGCUCCUCUGCUGCUGCGCCGCCGUGCAUGCCUUCGCUCCGGCGCUCGCUCCAGGCUCGCCUUUGCGCCGCCUCGCGCCGUGCCGCGAGCAGUGCUGCUUCUGCCCGCCGGCCGAACGGCCGGCGCGGUGCGAGCUGCGGCUGAGCGACGCUGGCGCUACACCGCCGAGCCCGGCAGUCGCAGGGCUCGGCGGCCGCACGCUGCUCAAAGCGAGGCUGAUGCUUCUGGCGACGGCAAUGCUGUGGGGCACAUACCCCGUGAGCAUGAAGCUGAUCUACGCGGCCCCCGGCGCGACUCUCACGCCGAUCGGGACCACCGCCAUCCGCUUCGCCGUCAUGGCGCUCGCCGCCCAGGUCGUCCUGCUGGUGCAAGCGCGUGCGCCCGCGGGUGGUGGCGUGGGCGGCGGCGAGGGCGGCGGCGGCGGCGACACCUUCUGGCGGAGCGCAUUCGAGCUCGGCGCGUGGGGUUGCGCCGGGACGCAGCUCAACUCGAUGGGUCUGCAGCAGCUCUCCGCCGUCCGAGUGACGCUCAUCCUCGCGACGGUCAACAUCUUGACGCCCGCACUCGCCGCCAUCUUCGGCACCUCCGACAGCCAGCGAUCCAUCCCGCGGCGAACGUGGCUGGCCUGCGCCCUCUGCCUCGUCUCGACCGUGCAGGUGAGCCCCGCCUCGCCGCUCGUCGCCGCGGCCGCCUCGCGCCUCUCGCCGCCGGACGGGUGCGUCCUGGCCGCCUCGCUCUGCUACGCCAUGUGCAAGGUGCGUCUCGGCUCCUUCGUGGAGCGGCACCCCCCCGCCAGGCUCGCGGCGGGCCGGCUGCAGACGCAGGCCCUCCUCUCCUUCGCACUGCUCGGCCUGCUGGGCACGCUCGGGGGUAUCCACAGCUUCGGCGUGGGGGCGCUGCUCCGCUGGGCGUCGCGAGUGACUCUGCGGCAGGCGGCCCUCCUCGUCGGCUCGGCGCUGCUGCCCGGCGUCAUCGCCACGCUGCUCCAGGCUGCGGGGCAGCGCGUCGUGCCUGCCGCGAGCGCGCAGCCGAUCUUCGCUCUGAUGCCCGUCUUCGCGGCGCUCUGGGCAUUCUUCGUGCUACACGAGCCAAUCAGCCCGAACGAGGCGAUGGGCGGGCUCGGCACCGUCGCCGCCGCCGUGAUCGCCUCGUCCGCGACGCCGGGUUCUCCGUCCAGCGCCGCACUCCGGGCGUCCGUGUCGGCGGACGGGCAUUCUUCGGCCGCAGGCUCCACGGCCGAGACGGCGCCUGUGCCCACGAGAAGCGCGAGCCAAAGAGGGACGGAGAUGUGA